AUGGUUUCAGUGGUAGCUGUGACUAUCUGUAUAAUCCUACUCUCAGAUACUUUAUUUGCAGCUGAUGUUAAACAUGACGAUAGAGAUGAGAGAUCUUUUUCGGGUAUGCCUUCACCAUAUGCAUGGAGACAACAUGUAAACAGAGAGCCCAGUAUUGCAAAUGUAGGAUCCUUAGCGGAAACCCAAACCAAUAAGAGGAGACUGUAUACACAUGCUCUUGGAAGACAUAUUAAUAACAAACGUUUGCAACAACAGCAGCAACAACAACAGCAACAACAGCAACAACAACAGCAGCAGCAACAGCAGCAACAGCAGCAACAGCAGCAACAGCAGCAACAGCAGCAAAAACACCAACAGCAGCAACAGCAGCAACAGCAGCCACAGCAGCAACAGUCGCACAAGCAGCAAUAA